GGGGCGCUCGGUGGAACGCGGUGUCGGAUCCGAUGAAGCCCCGCUCGGGAUUUAUUCGGGAGCCGGCGACUCGCCCAGCUGCCUUCCUGCCGAGCAGCGGGAGAUGGGGAAUUCGCUGGGCUGCGUUAAAGAGCAGAAGGAAAAAGCUGCGGGGAAGAAGGCACCGCUGUCUCCCAAAAAAAGGGUGCGCUUCAAGCGGAGGCGGAGAGGGAAGAGGAGAGCGAUGCCCGAGGCGGCCCCGCAGGAGGAGCCGCCGGCGCUGGAGGUGGCCGAGGAUGAGGAUGAGGCGCUCAAAGCAGCGAAGGCAUCCCCAGGGCAGGAGGGAGGAGAGGAGGAGCCCUCCGGCAGCCGGGACGCCGAUCUGGGCGCGCUGCAUCCCGGCAUCAUCGUGCAGGUGAAGGAGCGCUUCCAGGGCGAGCUGCAGAAAGCGCGCCUGGUGCUGGAGCCGCAGCGGCCGGGUGUGGCGGGGGCUGCCCGGGAGGAAGGCACCACCGUCAUCGCCCGCCUGCUGGACAACCCGGCCGACAAGGACUGCGAGAAGGCGGUGAGCCGCCUGGUCGAGCUGCAGAGGAGCGGCAGCUGCCGGGCUGUGCUGCUGCCGCUGCGCGCAGGGACCGACGGCCGUGCUGGGACACUGCUGUCCCCGGCCAGCGCCGUGCCCGGCCGGGAACCGGCACCCAGGGAUGCUUGGAAAGGAGGCAGCAAUGAUCCCGUGCCCGGCCGGGAACCGGCACCCAGGGAUGCUUGGAAAGGAGGCAGCAAUGAUCCCGUGCCCGGCCAUGAACCAGCACCCAGGGAUGCCUGGGGGAAAGCAGGCAGCGAUGAUCCCACCUCCAGCACCGCCUGGACCUGCUCCUCCUCCUCCGCAGCAGAGCCGGGCACCGUGUCCGAGCUGUCCACGCCGUCCCCCAUGGUGGAUCAGCUGGAGAACCCCAGCGUGGGGAGAGGCUCGGGGCUGCCGUCGGAGGGAGACGGGGCCGGGCCGGCGGCGUCCCGCAGCUCCUCGGGGUACGGCAGCGAGCGGCCGGCCAAGGGCACCGGAGCUGCUGGGAGCACGGUGCCACCCGCUGAUGGUGGCCUCGGGCUCGCUCUGGAGGGCCGGGCUUGCAGGGGGAGCUCGGGGACAGCCGGAGCAAUGGUCAGUGUGUGAGUGUGCCCCCUUUCUGGAGUGGGGGUGGGAGGGUCUGGCUAUGGGGACCCCAAAUCCUGCUGGCUCCUGGGCAUGGUGAUUUCGGCUCAGGGACCCCUAAUCCUUCUGGCUCCUGUGCAUGGUCAUUUCAGCUCAGGGGAUCCCAAAUCCUGGUGGCUCCCGGGCAUGGUGAUUUCGGCUCAGGGCACCCCAGAUCUUGGUGGCUCCUGGGCAUGGUUGUUUCGGCAAGGACCAAUCUCGUGCUGUGGCAGGAUGCUGGGGCAGAAAGCUCCUGAGGCUUUUCCCCUGCAGCAUCUCCUCUGGGAAAGUAUCCCUUGGGGGGGAGUGAGCUGU